AUGUCUCUCAGCACCUUUGAUGGCGGUUACUUUUCUCGAGGCCUGGGCUUAAUGCCCUUCUACAAUCUACUGUGUGGAAUUACCAUCCUUCUGGUCCUAUAUUCCAUUGGGUGGAUAGUAUGGACCCUUUUCUUCCACCCGUUGAGCGGUUAUCCAGGACCCAGAAUGGCUGCUAUCACACCUCUGGUUCAUCUCCUGUGGGAUAUUCAAGGCAAGCAGCACUCGGUCAUUACCAGUCUCCAUGACAAAUACGGUGAUGUCGUUCGCAUUGCACCAAACGCCCUUGCGUACCGCAAUGCCUCUGGCUGGAAAGAGAUAUACGGCCACCGCAAGAGAGGUGGAAAGGUCUUCAUCAAAGAUCCUGCAUUAUAUGCCCCCACUCCCAAUGGAGUAAAUGCCAUCAUAACAGCACAGGAGGAGGUCCACCAACGGAUGCGCCGUUUGCUGACCCAUGCCUUCUCAAACAAAGCUCUCAUGGCGCAGGAGGAAAUCCUGCAAACCUACGCUGAUAUGCUGAUUGAAAAGCUCCAAGGCAUCAUGGGAAGCACCUCAUCGCAGCGCAUUGACAUCGCGAGCUGGUUCAAUUUCACCACCUUCGACCUCAUUGGUGACCUCGCUUUUGGUGAGCCUUUUGGAUGCCUUUCUCACAGCAAGUAUCAUUGGUGGGUACUCAUCAUCUUGGAUGCAGUCAAGGCCAGUGCAUACCUCAAGAUCUUUUGGUUUUACCCUUUUCUUGUGCCUUUUGUCAAGCUGUUGGUACCAAAGGACCUGAUCGAGAAACGCGAGAAAAGCUUCCAGCUCAGCGUUGAGAAGGUCCGUCGUCGGCUCGCCCGUGACACUAGUCGUCCAGACUUCACUUCCUACAUUCUGAAGCAUACUAAGGAAGGCCUGACUAUGUCACCUGAAGAGAUGGAUGCCAACUCGGCUGUAUUUGUGCUGGCUGGCAGUGAGACUACCGCCGCAUUGCUGUCCGGUGCGAUCUACCUCCUCACCCGCAACCGGGAAAAAUAUGAGCGGCUCAUCGGGGAGAUUCGUGGUGCUUUCAAGGAACACACUGAUAUCAAACUUACUGCCCUGUUUGACCUUCCAUAUCUUAAUGCCGUUUUGCUCGAAAGCAUGCGUGUCUAUCCCCCUAUCCCUUCAAUGCUCCCUCGAAUCGUGCCUGAAGGUGGUGCGAUGAUUAAUGAUCGAUAUGUUCCUGCCAAGGUGAGUUUGACUUUUUUGUACCGACGGCGUGGAUGGUGGUUGAGCUGCAUAAUGAAUCUAUCCGUGCUCCAUUGUGUCGAAUUACUCUUCUACCCUAGCCUUUUACACCGUGUGCUCAACAUACUGACAGAUCCAUUCCAUGCUCAGACUUCUGUCUCGAUGUCCCCGUAUUCGACUUUCCAUGCUGCCGACCAUUUCAAAUAUCCAGACACUUUCAUUCCGGAACGCUGGCUGUCCGAAACAGAUGAGUUCAAGGAUGACAACCGAGCUGCCUUCCAGCCCUACUCCCAUGGCCCUCAGAACUGCCUCGGACAACAUCUUGCCAACGCCGAGAUGCGACUCAUUCUCGCCAAGGUUCUUUGGAAUUUUGACAUCGAACUCCCCGUUGAAUCCCUCCCGUGGAUUAACCAAAAGUCUUUCUCGCUCUGGAAACGGCCUGCUCUCAUGGUGAACCUUAUGCGAGCAGGUAGAAUCUUUUAA